AUGGCCCCGAAAGAGGACAUGCUGCCCCCGGGCUGGGAGGAUCCCGAUAGGCAAAUGGGCCAGCUGUUUAUGAUGGGCUUCGAUGGCACCACGGUCAGCCCUCAGAUUCGGUCACUCAUUGAGAACUAUCAUUUGGGAUCGGUCCUUCUCUCGGCCAAAAACCUUAAAUCUGCGGAGGAAGCUACCCGACUGGUCCUCGAAUUACAGACCAUUGCCCGCGAUGCUGGUCACCCAGUUCCACUGACGAUCGCGUUGGAUCAAGAGAAUGGCGGCGUCAACAGCUUAUACGAUGAGAUAUAUAUCCGCCAAUUCCCCAGUGCCAUGGGAAUCGCGGCGACGGGGUCAAAACCCUUGGCUCAUGAGGUUGCCGUUGCCACGGCUCAAGAGCUCAAGGCCGUUGGGGUUAAUUGGAUCCUGGGCCCCGUCUUGGAUGUACUGACUAAUGUCCGAAAUCAACCCUUGGGCGUUCGAACCACCGGCGAUGAUCCCCAGGAGGUGUCCCAGUAUGGUGUCCAGUUUAUGAAGGGAUAUCAACAAGCGGGGCUUGCGACUUGCGGCAAACAUUUCCCGUCCUACGGAAACCUAGAGUUCCUCGGCUCCCAUACCGACGUUCCCAUAAUCACAGAGUCUCUUGAGCAACUUAGCUUGAGCGCACUGGUUCCUUUUCGUAAUGCGAUCAACCACGGCUUAGACGCGAUGAUGGUAGGCGGAGUCUCCAUGUCAUCGGCCGGGAUGAAUGUCAUGCAUGCCUGUUUGAGCGACCAAGUUGUCGACGAGCUCCUACGGAAAGAUUUGAAGUUCCAAGGAGUCGUUGUAUCAGAAUGUUUAGAGAUGGAGGCACUGACGCACAAUAUCGGGGUCGGUGGCGGAACAGUGAUGGCCAAAAAUGCCGGCUGUGAUGUCGUUCUUCUUUGCCGGUCAUUUCCCGUGCAGCAAGAGGCAAUCAACGGGUUGAAAUUAGGCGUUGAGAAUGGAAUCAUCGGUCGCGCUCGCAUUGAGCAGUCUUUACGCCGCGUUCUGGCUCUCAAGGCUCGCUGUACCUCUUGGGAACAAGCACUGAACCCUCCAGGUCUUCUUUCGCUCACACAGAUGCAGCCUUCACAUACCAAUCUUUCUACUCGUGCUUAUAACGACUCGAUCACCGUGAUGCGAGACAAGAAUAACCUCCUUCCCUGUCCAAUAUCCGAAGAGCUUUUGCUCCUCACGCCACUGGUCAAACCACUUGCGGCUUCGGCAGUUACUCUUUCUGUUAAUGAGACAGCACACGGUGGCCUCGACUCUUCAUCCUGGGAAAGGACCUCUUCAGUGAUGAGUGGGGAAAGUGUGUUUAAGGAACUCGGCAGAUCACUAUCUCGUCAACGAAAUGGGCGUGUUCUGCAUACUUCUUAUACGGCCAACGGCGUACGGCCCAUCCACGAAGAUCUCGUCAAGCGCGCGAGUGCUGUAAUUGUUGUCACAGCAGAUGGAUAUCGCAACAAGUAUCAACAAGCAUUUUCGAAACAUAUCUCAUUACUUUGCCAAUCGCAAUAUUCUUCAACUGGAGAACGACUGGAAAAGCCUUUGAUUGUGGUCUCUGUCAGCUCGCCCUACGAUUUUGCCAUGGACUCUUCGGUUGGAACUUAUGUCUGCACAUAUGACUUCACUGAGACAGCACUCCAGGCGCUCGUCAAAGUUCUCUAUGGUGAAUUGGGCCCCACUGGAUCACUGCCCGGGUCGAUCAGUCGCAGUCAAAAAAUCCAUCAGUCCCGGCAGCACUGGCUGGUGGAGAACUGGAAUGAAGAGCGUGACGGUAAUGCCUUGGAUGCCUUGCUAGAUGCAAUGCGGGAAGACUGUACACAAGGCCAGCGCUCCGAGCUCCUCGGUGCUACCUCUAGCAGUUUCCUACUACGGAAAGAAGAUAUCGACGAGGCACAUUUCGUGGUUCGCAACAGCAGCACACAAGCCCUGUACGGAUUCUGUGCAACCUACUUCUUUCAAUCCUCGGGCACCGGCGUGAUUGGAUAUUCCAACUCGGCUCGCGACUUCCGGGAAUCUAUCUCAGGCAUCCCUACCGUCAGUCCCGUGGAGCGAAAACGACUACGGCAAUGGUUUGCCAAUCUCGGAUGGAACACUUCACUCGCGCGUCCUGUGUGCAGCGUGGUGCUGCGCAACUUGGCGAGCUGGACACCGCCGGAGGGGCUGACGGUAACGCUGCAGAAUGCCGAUGCUGUUUACGACUUGGUUUACGGGUGGGACUUUGCUCGCACGAUCCUCGACCACAUCAAGACCAAUGCCCGGCAGGGCGUGGCUGAUAUUUACCGCAUGGCUUUGGGCGGGGCGCCGAAUUGUGGGAUUAUUCGUGCUAAGCGGUCGACUGAUGAUAUGAUUCUGGGAAGUGUUGUUGUUUACAAUGAGCGGUCUAGUUUGGCUGAACAUAUGCCGACUUUACGAGCUACCAAUACUCCCGUCGGUGGCAUUUCGUCGCCUGUUAUCUCCCCCAUUGCGGAUGAUUACUCGACCGUGAUGCAGGGCCUGAUCCUGUUGGCCAUUCGCCAGAUCCGAAAGUUAAAUGCCAAUGCUGUGGUCAUGGAUUGUGUGGACGGCGACGGCAAUUUUGACUGUCUUUCUUCGAUGGGCUUCACCAUGCUACACAGUUUUGAAGAGGUGAAUUGUGAUGCAGCCACAUGGUCGAUGAUGCAUUCAUCGUAA